AUGGGGUCCGGUUCAAAUAAUGACAAGGAUGUUCAUAGAAGUCCUUCAAUGCUAAAACUUCUCGGCCAAAGGAUCUUGAACAAACAAAGCACCCACCCUGAAUUUCUGUCUGCUACUGGGAAUGGUAUAACUCCGUUGCGGAAAAGACCCACUUCCCCUGGUGCAAGUCCCAGUCCAGGGCAUCUAGCUGCUAAUAGACACAAGUCACCCUCAGUUUUGACAAAGAGGUCGACUGCUGUGGGGAACAUGCAUCCUGUGAAAUCCACCGCAUCUGUCGCUGAUCUAACUGCUCACAAUACUAAUCCGUUCGUUGCCGAGAGACGUGCUCAGGAGAACGAUGACGCUGACAGGAAUGGUGACGACAAUGACGCCGAUAACAUCGUGAUCCCCUCGAAGGGGACUCGUGUCCACAGAGCAAAAUCUACUAGUGUGAAGAAAGUUGCCGGUGCGUCGCACACACACCAUAUGGGCGGGACGACUGCCCCGCGUGGGUUUGCUACCCAUACAUUAAAGGAGGAGAACCUUGUUUACAACCCUUAUGGUGUCAAUCAGAAACCUGGGACCGUCUUUGCAGGUGAAUUGAGCGAUCAAAACAAAGGGGAUUUGAGUUUCUACAUGCAUGACGGUGACUCCUCAAUCAGAAUGCUGCCCCUGCCCAUAGAGGACCCUAACCAGUAUUUACCAGAUACCAUGAAACAAUGGAGUGUUCAUUUGAUUGAUAAUUUUGUGUUCGAUCCUGACAAUAAACCAAUUGGAUCUGGCGGGUCCAGUGAGGUGCGUAAAAUUGUGUCGAGUUACCGCAAGAAGGAUAUCUACGCUCUUAAGAAACUGAACAUGAUCUACGACGAAACACCAGAGAAGUUCUACAAACGUUGUUCGAAGGAGUUCAUUAUUGCCAAAAGUCUAUCGCAUAACAUACACAUCAUGAACACUUUCUUGCUGUUAAAGGUGCCAACCACCACUUACACAACGCGAGGCUGGGGGUUUGUCAUGGAGUUGGGUGUCAAGGAUUUAUUUGAGUUAAUCGAAAGAAGCGGCUGGAAGUCUGUGCCACUGAGUGAGAAGUAUUGUAUUUUCAAGCAGAUUGCGGAAGGUGUCAAGUUUUGCCAUGAAAACGGUAUCGCUCAUAGAGAUUUAAAACCAGAGAACGUACUGAUGUCUAGAGAUGGGAUUUGUAAGCUGACCGAUUUCGGGAUCUCUGACUGGUGUCACCAGGAUCCUCACGAUUUUACUUCGCCAAUAAAGAUGUGCAAAGGUAUGAUUGGUUCCCCACCGUUCACCCCGCCCGAGGUGAUGUACUGGGAGGAGAAAAAGCAUUACCCAGAGAAACUUCAAAAACCAUAUAACCCGUUGGCCAUGGACUGUUACGCACUUGGGAUACUACUAUUUACGCUGGUCAACAACGUUGUUCCCUUUGUCGAGUCUUGUAAUAUGGACCCUCGGUUCAGAGAAUUCGAGGCGGCGUAUGCAAGCUAUGUGGCUCACCAAAACCCGCAUUUCCGGGACAACAACAACUACAAGGGAGGGCCCGGUGCCGAGUACAGUAUGUCGCGUAACUUCAAGACGCCCAACGGGUCCCGUGUAGCUUGGAGGCUGUCGGACCCGAACCCGGAAACGCGUUAUACGAUGGAGGAGCUUUUCGCGGAUCCUUGGUUCACGGCAAUUGAGACAUGUGUGGAUCCACAGGACCCACAGACUACGAGACCUCCUGAACUGAAGAAUUCAAGCACGAAUAGCGGGGCCAACGAGGGUGAGAACACGGGGGACGACGCCGCGUCGCUGGCACCCUCUGGAAUUGAAAUCAACGGCGAGCCCGCCGUAGCGGCACCCCCUCAGGAGAAACCACGGUCGAUGGUGGAGAUUGCCCAAUCUCCAAACCUCUCGCCCAAAACGGCAAAACCAGAGAAGAAAUCGACCCCGGACAGUGCCGCUACUGGAGAAGCGAAGGCUGAGCCAGAUACGGCAAGCGACGAUACCACCGAGCUGGAACCAGAGACUGUCGACUCGUUGCUGGAGAAACCCACGCCUUCGUCCACAAUCGUCGAUUCUAUGCCGACUGCACCGGCGAAACAGUUGAGCGGGCUGACUGUGAGCGGCGCGUCCUCGAUCAGGAGCGACAGCAACACCGCAUCACCGACGCCAAAGAAGAAGCAGGUGGUGCACCACCACCUGGACGUGCCCUCCAGUGUGAUGUCUGGGACAUCGAUGACACUGCGCUCGCUGAUGUCUUCGCACUAA